CGGAAUUUGAAUAAAAUUGAUUUAAAAUAUAAUUAAAAUUAAUGUUUUUUUCCAAAAGAAACGAACUUCAUUUAAUUUAACAAAGCGAAAAGAAUGAAACUAAAUAUCAUAAAAAUAGUAAAAAGUCACUAGUCAAUCAACAAUAUGGCGGAAUUAUUGUCCAUCCAAGUUCAAGUUCCUCUGAUAAAAGCCCCUCAGGGAAAAAUAAUCUUCCCUAAUCAGUACUUAAUUAGUGAAGAGUGUGAUUUGAAUAAAAAGAAAGCGCCAUCUAGUUUCCUGUCCAAUGAUGUUGGCAUUGACUGUCUGCCUUCCAACAGGGCUGUCAAUCUUGAAUUUAAAAAUUUAACUUAUUCUGUUUCUGAGGGCAGAAGAAAAAUCAGUUUAAGAAAUUUUUGGGACUGCCAUACAAGUUACAAGACAAUAUUGAAGAGUAUAUCUGGCAAAUUUAGUGCAGGCAAGUUGACUGCCAUCAUGGGUCCUAGCGGGGCUGGCAAAUCUUCUUUACUCAACCUUCUUACUGGAUAUAGAACGAAAUCAGUGGAGGGUGAGUUACUGUGCAAUGGAGUGGAACUGGACAGGCGGAAGUUUCGCAAACAGUCCUGCUACAUCAUGCAAGACGACCACCUCUUGCCCAACCUCUCGGUCCAGGAGCUCAUGAUGUGCUCAGCCAACUUGAAACUGCCCGAGAAGAUGCCCAAGAAGAAUAAAGAGGCCGUGGUCGAGAAGAUUUUGAGUAUUUUGAACUUGGACGUGGCCCGUAAGACGCACGCCUGCAACCUGUCUGGGGGCCAGAGAAAGAGGCUUUCCAUAGCUUUGGAACUCGUCAACAACCCACCGGUCAUGUUCUUUGAUGAACCUACCAGUGGUCUAGACAGUGCCUCGUGCACUCAAUGCGUCGCCCUAUUGAAGUCCCUUGCUCGCGGGGGUAGGAAUAUCAUAUGCACCAUACAUCAGCCCAGUGCCAGGAUAUUUGAGAUGUUCGAUUUCUUGUACAUGAUGGCAGAUGGACAGUGCAUAUAUCAGGGUAGCGUUAGUGGAGUUAUUCCAUACCUCAGCUCACUGAAUCUCGUCUGUCCGCCAUAUCACAAUCCCGCUGAUUUCAUGAUAGAGGUAGCGUGUGGCGAAUUCGGAGACAUGGUCCCAAAACUGGUGGCUGUCGUCAAGUCAGGAAGGUGUGAGCGACAUCACGACAGUGGGGCCAGCCACAGGCUGAACAACAGCAACAAGAUCAAUCUUAGUGAUAAUAAGGACUCGUCGGAAGGCAGUGCGGACCGCACCUUCACGACGUCAUUCAUGACGCAGUUCUGCGUUCUUCUCGCCAGGACAUUCAAGUCCAUCCUUAGGGACACCAACUUGACCCGGUUAAGAUUCAUGUCGCACAUUGCCAUAGGCCUAAUCAUAGGCCUGCUCUACUACCAGAUUGGCAAUCAGUCUUGGCGGGUGCACAACAAUGCCGGUUUCCUCUUCUUCACCAUGCUCUUUCUCAUGUUCACUGCCCUUAUGCCAACUGUUAUGACCUUCCCUCUAGAAAUGUCGAUCUUCAUCCGUGAGCACCUGAACUAUUGGUACAGUGUGAAGGCCUACUACCUGGCCAAAACUGUGGCCGACCUACCCUUCCAGAUUAUAUUCCCUCUGAUCUACUGUUCCAUAGUGUACUGGCUGACCGACCAACCAAAUGAAGGGCAUAGGUUCCUUAUGUUCCUCCUCCUCUCAAUUCUGACGUCACUAGUUGCUCAGUCCCUGGGGCUUCUCAUUGGGGCUGGCACGUCCCUGCAGGUGGCGGUUUUUCUAGGACCAGUAACAGCCAUACCUAUACUGUUGUUCAGUGGUUUCUUUGUUAAUUUUGACACCAUGCCCGAGUAUUUGAGUUGGCUGUCCUAUCUUUCUUAUGUCAGAUAUUCUUUUGAGGGCGUGCUGCAGGCCAUUUAUGGGUUCGAUAGGGGUGAGCUUGUGUCCAAAAAGUCCUCGGAUAUGACAGAUUGCCAGAAUUUUCGUAAUCCAAAGAUAUUCUUAAUUUUCAUGAACGUGCAUGAAGCUGAGUUCCACCUCGAUAUGCUCUACCUCUGCAUCUUCUUUGUUGGCAUCAGGACCCUGGCCUACGUCGUCCUCAAAUGGAGGGUCAGAGAUCGAUAGGUCAAGGUCGGAUCAAAUGGGUCAAGGUUGUUUGAGUCGAGGUCAAUGUUUUAUGAGAGUUGGGUAGAGAUGCUGUGAGGCAGGUGAUGGUUGUUUUAGAGAAGAGUCGUUGUUCUUUCAAACGGCUGAAAGUUCUCUGAGAUUAUUCAAGGUCGUUUGAGAUGUACCAAAGUUCUAUGACAUAGGUCAAGGUCUUCCUGCUUAAUGAGCCCCGAUUGAUCAGCAUUGCCUUGGAUGAUUGUUCGUUUAGAUGUAAAGAUGAGCUGGAGUAUGCUGACGGUUUGCUGUGAGAUUGCCUAAGAAGUAGUAUAUCGGUGUUGAAUUGAAUUAAUUUAUUCCCAAAUUAUUAUUACAAACA